AGGCAGAGGGCGGUUUCACGCUGGAGUUCGGGACGACCCAGGCUUCGGCUUCGCGAGUUUGCAGUCACCUCCCUCCCAUGUGGCUCUGCCGCUCCCCCGGCCGGCGUGGCGACCCACCGGAGCCCGAUUCUUCACCCGGGGUCGCUUUCCGCGUGUGAGCCGGUCCAGCCCGGUUGCAGCUCAGCUUCCCUGGACCUGAUUGGAACUUGUUUGGGGCAGCCACUUCCUGGGUUCACUUCUUUCAUUUUCUGUCCCUGAUAAAACCGAGGCCUGUCGCAUUUGGGGGUAUCCGCUCCAAGUAGCACCCCAACCCGUUCCUGGAACAUUUGGUGUUGGUGUAUCAGAUCUCGUUUUUCGAGACAGGAUCUCUCUACAAAGUCCUGGAAUUCAUUAUGAAGACCAGAUCAGCCUCGAACUCACUGAGAUUCACUUGCAUCUGCCUCCAGAGCUCUGGGAUUAAAGACGUGUGCCACUUGGUCCCUCUUCACAUUUAUUCCUUAAAUAGCACAAGAAACGUUUUUAGAGCUAUAUUGCCUAAAAGCAUGAGGGGCCAUAAGAUAGGUUCUCGUUGAGUCGAGGCUGUCCUUGAACUUUUAAUUUGUGUGUGUGUGUGAACGAGUUACUUGUGUGCAGGUGUUCCUGGAGGCCGGAAGAGGGAGUCGAACUUCCUGUACCUGGAGUUAGAACGUGGUUGUUAGGUGCCAUGGCAGAACAAGAUGUGGAAAAUGAGCUUUUGGACUAUGAUGAAGAUGAAGAGCCCCAAGCACCCCAGGAGAGCACUCCAGCUCCCCCAAAGAAAGAUGUCAAAGGGUCUUACGUGUCCAUUCACAGUUCCGGUUUCCGGGACUUUCUGCUGAAGCCGGAGCUCCUGAGAGCCAUAGUUGACUGUGGCUUUGAGCAUCCUUCAGAGGUCCAGCAUGAGUGUAUUCCCCAGGCCAUUCUGGGUAUGGAUGUCCUGUGCCAGGCCAAGUCUGGGAUGGGUAAGACAGCUGUGUUUGUGCUGGCCACCCUGCAGCAGAUCGAGCCCAUCAAUGGCCAGGUAUCAGUACUGGUCAUGUGCCAUACAAGGGAGCUGGCCUUCCAGAUCAGCAAGGAAUAUGAGCGCUUCUCUAAGUACAUGCCCAGCGUUAAGGUAUCUGUGUUCUUUGGGGGCCUUUCCAUUAAGAAAGAUGAAGAUGUGUUGAAGAAGAACUGUCCCCAUGUUGUGGUGGGGACACCAGGCCGGAUCCUGGCACUCGUACGGAGCAGGAGCCUCAACCUAAGGAAUGUGAAGCACUUUGUGCUAGAUGAGUGUGACAAGAUGCUGGAGCAGCUGGACAUGCGCCGGGACGUGCAAGAGAUCUUUCGCCUGACACCCCAUGAAAAGCAGUGUAUGAUGUUCAGCGCCACCCUGAGCAAGGAGAUCCGGCCAGUCUGCAGGAAGUUCAUGCAGGAUCCCAUGGAAGUGUUUGUGGAUGACGAGACCAAGCUCACACUGCACGGCCUACAGCAGUACUAUGUCAAGCUCAAGGACAGCGAGAAGAACCGGAAACUCUUUGACCUCCUUGACGUCCUAGAGUUUAACCAGGUGGUGAUCUUUGUCAAGUCUGUGCAACGCUGCAUGGCCCUGGCCCAGCUCCUAGUGGAACAGAACUUCCCAGCCAUUGCCAUUCACCGAGGCAUGCCCCAGGAGGAGCGCCUGUCCCGCUACCAGCAGUUCAAAGACUUCCAGCGGCGCAUCCUGGUAGCUACCAAUCUGUUUGGUAGAGGUAUGGACAUUGAGCGAGUGAACAUCGUCUUCAACUAUGACAUGCCAGAGGACUCAGACACCUACCUUCACCGGGUGGCUCGUGCUGGUCGCUUUGGUACUAAAGGCCUGGCGGUCACUUUUGUAUCUGAUGAGAAUGAUGCCAAAAUCCUCAAUGAUGUUCAGGACCGGUUUGAAGUGAAUGUGGCAGAGCUUCCAGAAGAAAUAGAUAUCUCUACAUACAUUGAACAGAGCCGAUAACCAUACGUGUAACCAAGUACCACGGCCACCUUUCCCACCUGCUGCUCCAGAUCCUCUUCCUAGAUAAUAGAUGGGUGUAUCUUUUUAUUGUUCCAAAGCUGUAGUUAUGUAAGAAUAAAGUUUUAUUGUGGA